AUGAGUAGGUCACUUCGCCUACCUCGCGAUGAGAUGUUGGAGAAGACCCAAGGCAUUCUAGCGCUCCUAAAAAAGGAGAUAAAGCAGAGACGCGUUGCGUUCGCUCUUGGCACAUUUAUAGCCGGCGUUAUUUACCAAUCUUCCUUCCGGGAAAUUUCAGGAGACUCCUCAAACAGAGCUAUAAACUACAGUGAGUUGAUAUCGUUAGAGAUCGAUACUUAUGCGCGUGAUCCACCCGCAGAAUCGCUGGCCAUCGCCCUCUUCGCCUCAGGCAUCAUCUUGCUAAUAACAAGCUUCCUUACCUCGGCCUUGUCGGGCAGGCCAUCGGGCCCUGAAUGGCAAAACGAGAAUAUCCCACUACCAAACUCUUCCCCGAUUUCCUCAGAACCGUUGGAAAAACGACAGAAGUCGUCUUCGACAAAAUUACGAGAAACAUGGAUGGUCUUUGCAUUUACGAUUGCCAUUUUGACUGCUCGGAUAGAGCUUCAUGGGUAUCUCGUUCGACAUGUACAGUGCUCGGUGCUGGAUGAUAUCACAAUAGUGCCGUUCAUGGUAUUCCUAUACGAAUAUUUGAGCUCUAAAAGCCCGAGAGGGAACUUUCGAUUGGGGAACACUACAUGGAAACUCUUCAGUUAUUUCCCCCCAUCUAUCUUACUGGUUAUGGCUGGCUUGGUUAUACGGUCUCUGAGAAAGGGCAGGGAAACGACAAUUAUAUGCCCAGUUACGAAUGGGCACCGGGUGAUCUUCUGGCUACAGAUAUUACGCGCAGUUAUCGACUCUACUAUUGUCAUUUCCGCUGAAUUAUUGGUCAAAUCUUCUAUUCGUCGGUCAAACGGAACAGUCUGGCAAGUAACAACAACCUGGGGGCUUCUCCUAGUAGGAAGUACCGUUUUCUGGGCAUUUGGAAAGUCUGGGGCAUAUCUGCUUCCAGUUAGAAACAGGGUGCCAUUGUUUUCGAUCUUUCCGCCUUUGCACAUUGGCGAUCUCAUCUGGGAGGGUCUAGUUAUGUCCAUAUUGUUCAUCUCCGCCGGAAAAUGUAUUGCGGACGUCAAAGCAUUAACGAUUUCGUUCGCUGCCUCGAUUCUAACCACACGUGAAGCUCUCAUGACUUCUAUACUCCACCCAUACCUGUCAAUGCCAUAUUUCGCGGCGUUGUUAGCCGUCGUGCUCCUUCAUGCCGCCGUGGGCUUUAUCAUCCUAAGGAGUGUCUAUUUUAGGGAGCUCGAAACUGUCUCGGCUCGAACCAUAACCAUUUACUCUGUUCCUCAGCACCCCAUCAAUAUUUUAAUGGCAAACGCUAGGCAGGGGCACGCUCAAUGGGUAGCUGAAGCAAAGUAUAGUACUAACCUACAGGAGGCUGUUAGCGAGUAUAAGGAGCGUUAUGGUCUGCUGCCGCCACCUGGGUUUGACAUAUGGUACGAGUAUGCUAACAACAGGUCAUCUCUAAUUAUUGAUAACUAUGACCAAAUACACAUAGAUCUCCUCCCAUUCCGCGCUCUCGCACCGAGUACAUUGAGGGAUCUUACCAAUUCCAUGAUUAGCAAUCAAUGGAACGAUAUAGCUGCGGUAGUGGUUCGUGACGGUGUUGCUGAACCGCAGCCAGAGAUAAUACCCACUCAUCGGUGGAUGAUCGAGGGAAUAGUCCAAAUGAUUGCCCCGUUUGCGAGUCACCUACCAGAUAUGGAUAUUGGAUUCAACAUUAAUGACGAAUGUCGCGUCUCUGUCCCAUGGGACACUAUCCAAUCUAUGAAUAACACAGCGAAAAAUCAGUUAUCAUCACUAGGUAAUAAUAUGGACAGCGCCUGGUCUAAGGAUAGGUCACUAUCAUGGGCACUAAGUCGCUCGAAUGACCGACAAACCCACAUCCAUUUCACUGAGCAUUCGAGAAAAGAUACAUUCCAUAGCAUUGCAGCUAAAUCAUGCCCUCCAGACUCGAAGGCUCAAAGGCAUCAAUGGCAACACGAUACUAUAUGUCUGUCAUGUGUUGCGCCACAUUCAAUGGAGCAGUUCCUGCAGGAUUGGGAGCUAUCCGGCAAUAUCUGUCAUCAGCCUGACCUAGCCAACUUACAUGGAUUUUUCAUAUCACCAAGCGCCCUCAAAGUCUCCCAAAAGUUACUCCCAGUUUUUAGCCAGAGCAAAGUAUCGGGCUUUAACGACAUUUUAUACCCUAGCUCCUGGAACUAUGUGGAGAAAGCGAAAUAUAACCCCUCCGAAGAACACUCUGAUCCGCCCUAUGGUCAAAAGGAAGCCAUCGCAUUCUGGAGAGGAACAACAUCAGAAGGAUUCAGUGAGAAUGGAGCAUGGAAGGGAAUGGCUCGCCAACGUUUCCUACAUAUGGCCAACAAUAAUACUAACCACGUCUCCGUACUACUUCCAACCGACAAAGGGGGUGGCUUUUCUUAUAACACCCUAACACCCUCUACGGCCUCCCAAUCUCUUGGAAUAAACCCGUCGAUUGGCAUCGCCGAGGACGUAGCCCGAUGCGGUGGGAAAGACUGCGACACCCAAAGACGCGAACUCGGAAUCACUACGCGCGUGCCUUUUGACAACCACUGGAAAUACCGCUUCUUAUACGACUUGGAUGGUGCCGGGUUCAGCGGUCGUUUCCUCCCCUUUCUACAAAGCAACAGUCUCCCGUUCCGAGCUGCACUAUUUCGCCAAUGGUUUGAUUCCAGAUUAACGCCGUGGUUACACUUUGUGCCCCAGAAUAUCAGAUUCCAUGAUAUGUGGAGUACCCUGGCGUUCUUUUCUGGAGCUAAGACCGUGGAUGAAAAUGGUAAGACUAUGAAGGUUUUGAUGAACCCGCAUGAUCGUGAGGGUAAGAUAAUUGCGAGAGAGGGCAAGAAAUGGGCAGAAGAGACCCUUAGAAAAGAAGAUAUGGAGAUCUAUCUCUUUCGACUAUUGCUGGAAUGGGGUCGGUUGACUGAUGAUCGAAGAGACGAGUUGGGUUUCAGCGGGUGA